GCAAUUUCAAGUAUCUACUCGGACUGUCGGACACCAUCACGGGUCCGUUGUUAUCAGCGCUGUCAGCUUCGUAGAUCCAACAUCAGCUUCGCAUAUGUGAAAACCAGCCUUUACCUGCAACCAUGUAGCUAUAAAUCCAGGGCCAGUUUCGCUCUUUCCGUCCAACUAAUCCACCAACAUGAUGUUCAUCCCUCCCUUCGAUUCCACCACCUAUUCCACCUACACCCAAUCACCCAAUCCGUCAUGGACGUACGGUCAGAGAGUCGACACCACUCCUGCCGGAAAAGACUGGGUCGCAGGCGAAUCUGCAGGCUGGAAAAUCUACAACACAGCAGAAUUAGACAAGGUCAAUAUGACCAAGCUCUUGAAUUCGGGCAUCGUACCGCGCCCCAUCGCAUUCGUAUCAACGAUCAGCGAGGAGGGCAUAGAGAACCUGGCACCAUACAGUUGGUUUAACACAGUCACGACCUACCCGCCUAUCAUCUCAUUCGCAUGCAACAACAAUGCCCUGGGCGGCCUCAAAGACACAGCGGUGAAUGUGAUGAACAGCCAAGGAUUUAGCGUGAACAUCGUCAGCGAGCCAUUCAUCGAGAGUGCAAAUGCAACUGCCAUAGACUCUCCUCCCGGUUUUGACGAGUGGAGUCUCAGCGGUCUGACAAAGGAAAAAUGCGUAUGUGUGCGGCUUUGUGAUACGAUAUAUGCGCUGACAACAAGUGUUCAGGUGCAAAUAAAAGCCUCGCGCGUCAAGGAAAGCGCUUUUAGCAUGGAGUGCGAGCUCUACAAAUCCAUAGAUAUCACGCACCCAGUCACAGGCGAGCACACCAGCACGCUCAUUCUCGCGCACGUCAAGUACAUCCACGUGCGCAAAGACAUGCUCACACAGAGAGGUGUGAUCGACCUGACAAAGUUCAAGCCUGUCGCGCGUGUGGGCGAUAUCUCAUAUGCGCGCAUUGGAGAUGCAUUCAGGAUCGCCUCUCCAACAUGGGCGCAGGACAAGGCGAAGAUACAUGAAGCGUUGGACGAUGCGAAGAUAGGAGAAGCGAUGGCGACUCUAGCAUUGCUAUGACAUAGAACGAAGGAGGCCAGGUUGCUGUUUCAUUAGUAACAUAUACCAUAGAUAAUACUAAUUAAUAGAUAUUAGCAUCCACGCGUGAUCGUGUCCGUUGCUAAUUUUCAUCCCUGAGGUAGUCCUUCCUUAUAAUCAUUGACUAGGAAGAGCGCCG